AUGUUAUAUAUUUGCAUCGUUGGACUUGUGGGGAAUGGAAUUGUCAUCUACCUUCUCUGUUUCUGCAUUAAAAGGAACCCUUUUACAAUGUGCAUCCUGAACCUGGCUGUUGCUGACUUUGGGGUCCUUCUGAUCCUUAAUCUGAGUGUUAUUUUAAUACUGACCGACAUAGAAAAUGAACAUGGGUUUACAUUUCUUCAGUGGUUUGCCUUAUUCAUGUAUACUGCGAGUCAACUUCUAUUGAUCGCCAUCAGCAUUGACAGGUGUGCCUCUGUCCUCUUCCCCAUCUGGUAUCGAUGCCACCGGCCACGACAACUGUCCACCACAGUGUGUGCCCUGUUGUGGGUUCUCUCCUUCCUGACCUCUGGCAGUACAGCAAUUUUGCAGCAUUUUGGGGCAUCCUGGACAGUUUAUUAUACAUUUACUGCAGGUUCUGUUGUUUUCUUCCCUCUGGUCAUUACCUCCACCAUGAUUCUGUUGUUCAAGGUGUUCUGUAAAGCACAGCCGCGUCAGAGAGGAAGAGUUCUAACCAUUGUGUUAGUUACUCUCCUUUUCUACUUAAUCUUUGCUUUCCCCAUGAAUGCUAUUUACACACUCAAUUAUUUUGCUGACGAUAAACACGUACAUCUAGAAAUGUAUGCCGACUUAUGCGCCUGCCUCAACAGCUGUGUCAACCCGUUGAUCUAUUUCUUGGUUGGGAGGAAGGAGAUGAGUCAACAAAGGCAGACCCUGAAGGUUCUUCUCCAAAGGGCUUUCCAGGAGGAGGAAGCACAGAUAGAGGAACAGAAACCGGGCAACAAAACUACAUCCAUCUGA